AUGGACAAACUGCAGAAGGAUCAGCCGGCAGCAGACCAGAAGAUGAAGGACUCUGGGAAGAACUCUGAACAGCAGCCAGUCACAGCGUGUCUGUUCAGCGCAGCCUUCUUCGGGGCCCUGGGGUCAUCUUUCAUUUACGGCUACAACCUCUCCGUGGUCAACGCUCCUGCUUUGUACAUUAAAGCUUUCUACAACAGGACAUGGAUGGAGAGGUAUGGGGAGCCCCUCGGAGCGGAGACCGCCACCCUCCUCUGGUCCGUCACUGUGUCCAUAUUUUCUAUCGGAGGCCUCCUCGGAGCCGUGUCUGUCACCUUGAUCCUCAAAAUACUGGGAAGAAAGGGAACCUUGCUGCUGAAUAACAUCUUCGCUCUAAUAGCUGUGCUGCUCCUGUCCCUGGGUGAAAGUGCCAAAUCUUUUGAGAUGCUCAUCAUUGGUCGGUUCAUUAUCGGGGUGGACUGUGGUAUAGCUCUCUGCGCCCUCCCAAUGUACCUGGGAGAAAUUACGCCGAGACAUAUCCGAGGAUCCAUUGGCCAGUUCAACGCCAUCCUGAUCUGCUUCGGCGUUUUCACGGGACAGGUGCUGGGGCUGCCCGAGCUGCUGGGACAGGAAAAUAGAUGGAGCUACCUGUUUACCUUCCUCGCAUUGCCGGCGGUUCUGCAGCUGUGUGUGAUGCCCUUCCUGCCCGAGAGUCCUCGCUACCUGCUGAUAGAGAGGAGGGAUGAAGCCGGAGCAGAACGAGCUUUCCAGAGGUUGUUGGGGAAGAAAGACGUGUCUCAGGAGCUGGAGGAGGUCCAUGCGGAGUCUCGUGCGCAGGACAACAUGCACACCGCGUCUGUGCUGCAGCUGCUGCGAAGCCAGGCUGUUCGCUGGCAGCUCAUCACCAUCAUCGUCUGCAUGGCCUGCUAUCAGCUCUGCGGCCUGAACGCUAUCUGGUACUACACCAAUAGGAUCCUUCGGGACGCAGGCUUUGCCGACAACAUUAUCCCCUACAUCACCCUGACCACCGGGGCCAUAGAGACUUUAGCAGCCAUCAUCUCGGGUUUAGUGAUAGAGCGAAUCGGGAGGAGGCCCCUGCUCAUCUUUGGUUUCGUUUCCAUGGCUGUAUUCUUCAGCCUACUAACAGUGUUCCUUCAUUUCCAGGACAGUAUGUCAUGGAUGCCCUACCUCAGUUACGUCUGCAUACUGGCUGUGAUUGCGUCCUUUUGCUCUGGGCCAGGUGGCAUCCCCUUCGUGCUGACAGGGGAACUGUUCGAACAGUCCUACAGACCUGCCGCCUUCAUGAUCGCUGGAAUAGUGAACUGGCUGUGUAACUUCGCUGUGGGCCUCCUGUUUCCAUUCAUUCAAGAGGCGCUGCAGGCCUUUGCUUUCCUGGUGUUUGUGGUCGUCUGCGUCCUGGGAUCCAUCUACCUCUAUUUCGUCCUCCCUGAGACCAAAAAUAAAACAUUUAUGGACAUCAGUCAGAGCUUUGCCAAGAUCAACAAAAUCCCUGUCCCCUCCCCUGGCCAAGAGAUGGAGCUGGUCCUAUCCUGUAAGCCUGACAUGUACGGAAAGGACAUCAUUAAGAUGGAGAGCUCUUUCUAGCUUAACAAACUACAGUAAUUGUUGGUAAGCAGGUUGACAUGUGGUGUGUACAUAUUUAUUUAUUGACAAUAGUCAAUGAAAUUCAAAUCAAUAGUUUUGUUUCAAUGCAUUUUGGUAUUUUUAUAUAUUUUGUAUGACUGGAAUAUUUAGGAAUAAUAGUUUACAGCAAUUAUUUGUUUAUACCUCUUAUUACAAUUAAACAAACCAACAAGAGUUAUUUUUACAAGUCAAUAUACAGUAUGUAACAAUCAUACAUUUCAAACACCCUUAAUAGUGGAAAUCAUUCAACGGUUACAAAAUGAAUUGUAAUGUGACUGAGGGUGGCUUGCAUACAAUGUUGAUGUGCACACUAUUAAACUUAGACCUGUAUUAACUAAUAAUUA